AUGGGACAAGGUGCUAGCCAUAGCGGCGGAGGAGCUGGUGAAAUGGCAGUCGCACCACUUAACCACAACGAUGAGGGUGGUGGUUGUCAACGCUUACGUGUGCCCGAUCUUGGCAUUUCAAGAUCAGGACUGGUGGAGUGCCAUUUCACGCUCUGGAGUCAAGAGCUGAUCUUCAGGCCGCGGAAGGACGGCAGGCUGGGGGUAUGCGACCCUUUCAUGGAGCUCAGCGGCCUGGCCGCCAGAAGGGUGGGGAAGCUGGUGUUGGCCAGGAGCGGUGUUCGCAGUUGGCUGGCAACAAAGGCAGCCGACCUUCUUGCUGGAUUUCGCUCUUUCUGGGCGCAUCCGGAGUUCCUGAAAGCAUGGAAGGGUAGGAGCGUCAGAUGGAAGCAGACUUGCGAGAUGUUCAUGCGGUCAAGCAUCUCAAAGAAGGGUCCGAUUUCGCACUGGGACAUCGCGCAGGAGCCGCUGGUGUUUAAUCGGCAGGUCCUGCCAAACGUGAAGAAGUCGCUUGGACGGAAGGAGGCUGCAAAAGGGCUGGAGCUGUUGAAACUCGGUGAUUUCGUUGGUCAAACGGAGGACGGCGCUUUUUUCUUCAAGGACGAGAAGCUGCUAACAAAAGAGCUGGGCACGCGUAAGAAAGUGAUGAGGGCGCUCAAGGUUUUCGGUAGCGUCCCUGACUCCUGGAAGGAGAAACUGGUAGCGCCGAUCGCAGGAGAGGAACUCCUGGCAGAGUCGGCUUUUGUAAAGAAAGUGGGCAUGGUGGGAGCCUGGAAAGCAGAGAGGGUGGUGCAAGAGGGACUUGCCUGCCGCGCAUGUGACUGCUUUGGUGUGCCCCUCGUGGGGGCAGUGGUGUCAACUGUGGCUUUUGCCCUAGACAAGGUGGAGCCGUUGAUGGUGAGGGGCGGAAGGGUGAUUGGAGCAGGAGGCCUACCCGAGGUACGGCUGCGCUGCUCGGAACUCUGCAUGGAUGAUCGGAUCCCUCCCUUCAGGCAGCUGAUAUUGCUCUUUGGCAAGCAACAGGGAGUGAUGCAGCAGCAGGAAAAAUGGUCGGAAGAGUGGGGGAAAGUGAUUGAUUGGAAAAGAGUCAUGAGGGUGCGGGAUUGCGCGGUGCUUCCGAACCGAGCCCGUGACGUCCUGCUUCGCGUGCAUUGUCGUAAUCUCCAUGUUGGGGUGAGGCUGAAUUUACUGGAGGAGGUGGCAUGUCCGUACUGUGGAGAGGAAGAGACAGUGGAGUCCUGCUUGUUUGGCUGCCCUCGUAUUCAACCAGUGGUGCAAGGGCUGCUGAAGGCUCUCGGCAUGAUCAACCCGGGCAGGAAAAUUACUUCACUCGGUGACCUGCUUUUUCAUAAGGAAGGCUCGACCUCGGGCUUCCUAGAAUCGACUGUCACGGCCAUCGCCCUACACAAGAUAUAG